CACGUAAGCGUCCACGUCAUCGCGCGUUCUCAUUCUUUCCCAUGUGCAGCCGCCACACCGUAUCCUACUUCAAAUCGCACAUUCUAGAGGGAAUUUGGGGGAAAAAAGCUUCCGUCUCCACUCCGCUUCAAAUUCUAGGGUUCCUCGUUCUCCCAUUCCGCUCCAAGCUUUCAAGAGAUCAAUUACGAUGGAAGCGAAAUCAGUGCAUGGCGUUGCGUUGGUGAUGUCGGAUGAGCAAGUGGUGCAGAUGACCACCAUUAAUGAUGCGCUGAGGGAGCUCGGCAAUGAAGCUUUGCAGUGUGACGUUCAGCUCUAUACUCAGUCAUCCUCUCAAAGUAAACUACCGGUGGAGCCAUCCUCAAUAGACUUUCUGAUUUGCAUCAGUAGAUCACAUGAAUAUCCUGGUGGGAGUUGGUUUGAUGAAAUUUCGCGGGCGUUAAAACCUGGUGGUACUCUCCUUGUCUAUAAGAUUCUGCAGUCUGCUCCAAGGGAAACCGAGAAGUCACUUGAACGCCAAUUACUUUUGGCUGGGUUCUUGGAUGCUAAAGGUGUUCAGCGGAGCUCAAAUGCUGUUCUGACUGUUGUGAUUGUGAAGGCAAAGAAGGCUUCUUGGAAAAUUGGGACAUCAUUUGCUCUCAAAAAGGGUACAAAAGCGCCGGUGAAGCUUCAGAUUGAUGAUGAUUCAGAUUUGAUAGACGAAGAUAGCCUUUUGACCGAAGAGGAUUUGAAGAAACCUCAAAUACCAGUUGGUGACUGUGAGAUUGGUACCACAAAGAAAGCUUGCAAGAACUGUACCUGUGGGAGAGCUGAGGAGGAAGAGAAAGUUAAGCUAGGAUUGACCACAGAGCAGCUGAACAAUCCUCAGUCAUCCUGUGGAAGUUGUGGACUCGGGGAUGCUUUCCGUUGUGGCACAUGUCCAUACAAAGGUCUUCCUCCAUUCAAGCUUGGUGAAAAGGUAUCCUUGUCGAGCAACUUCCUCGUGGCAGACAUUUAAAAAUGCACCAUGUCGGACAUGGACUUCUUUUCGAAUGGCGAAGGAGUUUUUUGUCUGCUAAAAUGGUAUUUUCAGGUUUCUUGAGGUGGUUCAGAGAAUGUCAGAUGGUAAGAAGGGCGUCUAUUUUGUUUGCAACGUUCAGUUGAAAGUUACUACAGAUAGGAGGAUAAGUGCUGUUGAACACUUUCAUGUGCUGUACUUAGGUGAGGCAUAACGUCUUGCCAGAUUAACAUGCUGUCGAAUCUAGUGUACGAAUGGUUCCUGCUAGUUGAAAUCUCCUGUAACGAGAUGACGAAUUUAGAUAGAGUGGGGCGAGAUAGAUUGAAUUUGAGCUCUCUCAUCACAGCAAUUUUUGCUUAAUUCUAAUAGAAGUCCAGCGUUAUGAACGUUGCCUAUCUGCGCAAAUAGAAAAACAACUUGGG